CGCCGUUCUUCCGUCGGCCAUUUUAGGUGGUCCGCGGCGGCGCCAUUAAAGCGAGGAGGAGGCGAGAGUGGCCGCCGCUGCGCCUUCAUCGUUUUCCAGCGCGGCCGGCGGGGGAAGAGUGCGAGUGCGCGCCGCGCGAGAGCGGGAGGCGAGGGGGGCAGGCCGGGGACGAGGCGCCGGAGCCCUUGCAGCCACGCGCGCGCCUUGUCUUGUGUGCCUCGCGAGGUAGAGCGGACGCGCGGCGGCGGCGGCGGGGAUCACUUUGCUGCUAGUUUCGGUUCGCGGCGGCGGCGGCGGGUGUCGUCUCGGCGGCGGCGGCAGCAGCGCUAUGUCGGAGGAGCAGUUCGGAGGGGACGGGGCGGCGGCGGCGGCCACGGCGGCGGUAGGCGGCUCGGCGGGCGAGCAGGAGGGAGCCAUGGUGGCGGCGGCGGCGGCGCCGGGGGCAGCGGCGGCGGGAAGCGGGAGCGGCGGCGGCUCCGCGGCCGGAGGCACCGAGGGAGGCAGCGCCGAGGCCGAGGGGGCGAAGAUCGACGCUAGUAAGAACGAGGAGGAUGAAGGCCAUUCAAACUCCUCCCCACGACACACUGAAGCAGCGACGGCACAGCGGGAAGAAUGGAAAAUGUUUAUAGGAGGCCUUAGCUGGGACACUACAAAGAAAGAUCUGAAGGACUACUUUUCCAAAUUUGGUGAAGUUGUAGACUGCACUCUGAAGUUAGAUCCUAUCACAGGGCGAUCAAGGGGUUUUGGCUUUGUGCUAUUUAAAGAGUCGGAGAGUGUAGAUAAGGUCAUGGAUCAGAAAGAACAUAAAUUGAAUGGGAAAGUCAUUGAUCCUAAAAGGGCCAAAGCCAUGAAAACAAAAGAGCCCGUCAAAAAAAUUUUUGUUGGUGGCCUUUCUCCAGAUACACCAGAAGAGAAAAUAAGAGAGUAUUUUGGUGGUUUUGGUGAGGUGGAAUCCAUAGAGCUCCCCAUGGACAACAAGACCAAUAAGAGGCGUGGGUUCUGUUUUAUUACCUUUAAGGAAGAGGAACCAGUGAAGAAGAUAAUGGAAAAGAAAUACCACAAUGUUGGUCUUAGUAAAUGUGAAAUAAAAGUAGCCAUGUCGAAGGAACAGUAUCAGCAACAGCAGCAGUGGGGAUCUAGAGGAGGGUUUGCAGGAAGAGCUCGUGGAAGAGGUGGUGGCCCCAGUCAAAACUGGAACCAGGGAUAUAGUAACUAUUGGAAUCAAGGCUAUGGCAACUAUGGAUAUAACAGCCAAGGUUACGGUGGUUAUGGAGGAUAUGACUACACUGGUUACAACAACUACUAUGGAUAUGGUGAUUAUAGCAAUCAGCAGAGUGGUUAUGGGAAAGUAUCCAGGCGAGGUGGUCAUCAAAAUAGCUACAAACCAUACUAAAUUAUUCCAUUUGCAACUUAUCCCAACAGGUGGUGAAGCAGUAUUUUCCAAUUUGAAGAUUCAUUUGAAGGUGGCUCCUGCCACCUGCUAAUAGCAGUUCAAACUAAAUUUUUUCUAUCAAGUUCCCGAAUGGAAGUAUGACGUUGGGUCCCUCUGAAGUUUAAUUCUGAGUUCUCAUUAAAAGAAAUUUGCUUUCAUUGUUUUAUUUCUUAAUUGCUAUGCUUCAGUAUCAAUUUGUGUUUUAUGCCCUCCCCAAACCCCCAGUAUUGUAGAGCAAGUCUUGUGUUAAAAGCCCAGUGUGACAGUGUCA